CACACAAGCAAAUAACCAGGAAACCCACUUCAGUUAUUUAGUCCAGAGAUACGGAAACUUGUCGAGCUGUUGUGUGUGCUUCAGUUUCUGUGUUCACACGCAAUAAAAUGGCAGAGGCCAGUGUUUUAUGGGCUCGGGAACAGUUCAUCUGUCCAGUGUGUCUGGAUCUUCUGAAGGAUCCAGUGACCAUUCCCUGUGGACACAAUUAUUGUAUGACAUGUAUUACGGACUGCUGGAAUCAUCAGGAUCAGAAGACAGUCCACAUCUGCCCACAGUGCAGACAGACCUUCGCUCCAAGACCUGCGUUAAAUAAAAACACCAUGCUGGCUGAAGUGGUGGAGAAACUGAAGAAGACUGGAGUUGACACUGGACUUGAAGGUGCGCGUGCAACAGAUGUGAAGUGUGAUGUCUGUACUGGAAGAAAACACAAAGCCAUCAAGUCCUGUCUGGUGUGUCUGAACUCUUACUGUCAAAACCACCUUGAACAGCAUGAGAAUUUGUUUAAAGGUAAGAGACAUUAUUUAAUGGAUGCCACUGGACAACUCCAGGAGAUGAUCUGCUCUCAACAUGGUAGACUGCUAGAGGUGUUCUGUCGCACUGACCAGCACUGUAUCUGUACACUGUGUACGAUGGAUAAACACAAAAAUCAUGACAUUGUACCAACAGAAGCAGAGAGAACAGAGAAAGAGAGAAACUUGAAAAAAACACAGAUAAACUACCAGCAGAGAAUUCAGGAGCGAGAAAAAAAUAUUCAGGAGCUGAGAGAAGCUGUUGAGUGUCAUAAGCGCUCUGCACAGGCAGCAGUGAAGGACAGCGAGAGGAUCUUUACAGAGAUAAUCCGCUCCAUUAAGGGAAACCGCUCUGAGGUGACACGGCUGAUCAGAGAUCAGGAAAAGGCCGCAGUGAGUCAAGCUGAAGGACUCUUGCAGCGACUGGAGCAGGAGAUUGCUGAUCUGCGGAGGAGACACGCUGAGUUAGAGCAGCUUUCACACACAGACGAUCACAUCCAUUUCCUGCAGGGGUUUCAGUAUCUCUCUGCACCUCUUGAACCUACAAAGAGAAUUACUGUCACUUCACCCCGCUCUACUAAUGAUAUAAGACAAUCUAUCUGUCAGCUGAAAGAAAAAAUUGAGAAUUUCUGUAAAGAGGAGAUCCAAAAGAUUUCUGUUAAACACAUCAGCGUUGUUCUAAGGACCAGAAAGGACUUCCUACAAUAUGCUCAUCAGUUCACACUUGAUCCAAACACAGCGAAUAAACACAUUCGUCUGUUGGAGAAGAACAGAGUGGCUACUUACACUGACACAGUCCAGCGGUAUUCUGAUCAUCCACACAGAUUUGAUGUUUAUUAUCAGGUGAUGUGCGGAGAGAGUGUGUCUGAGCGUUGUUACUGGGAGGUGGAGUGGAAAGGUGAUGUGGGUAUAUCAGUGUCAUACAAGCACAUCAGCCGGAAGGGAACAAAUACAAAGUGUUUGUUUGGAUAUAAUGAUCAUUCCUGGAGUUUGUUCUGCUCCCCCUCCAGAUACUCAUUUAGGCACAAUGAUAUGGAGACUGACAUCCCCGCAGCCUCCAUCUGCUCUAGAAUAGGAGUGUAUGUGGAUCACAGUGCAGGAACUCUGUCCUUCUAUGGCAUCUCUGACACAAUGACCCUUAUCUGCAGAGCUCAGGCCACAUUCACUCAGCCUCUCUAUCCUGGGUUUAGGCUGUACAAUGGAUCAACCGUAAAACUCUGUGAUUUAACAAUAUAGAAUACAGAGACACUGUAUCAGUAGUCUUGCUAUACAGUAAAAGUGUCAACCUGUUCUUACUCCUAAGAUGUCCAAUAGUGGCAUUUGUCCAAGAGCUCUGCAUGUCACUAUACAGACACCAAAAGUGAUCUUGGUCAUACUUUAUAUUAGGUGUCUUUAAUUACUAUGUACUUACAUACAUACAUACAUAAAUAAAUAAAAACCGUAAGUGAAAACACUAUACAAAUAAACACACAGCAGGUUAAAAUCACUUAGUUAAGACAAGAUUGGACAACUUAAAAAGAGAAAGAGCAUAAAUACACAAGAUAAUGUUAACUAAAUUACCUUCAAUAUCCUACUGUAGAACAAAGGAAACCAAGGGAAACAGGAAAUUAACAAAGGAAAUGUGAACUGGGAAACAAUAGAACAAAAAUAUACUUCAAAAUAAAAAUCCAAGGGAGACCCAGUCACAGGUGAAAUGUGGACAUAAAAGUAAAAACAAUAUAUUGUGGCUGUCCAAACUGAAAAUAAUCUAGGUGUAAAUAUGGGUGAAAUAUAAGUUUUUGUUUAUGUGAAGGUAUAUGUGUUCAUAAUAAUAAUAUAAUUUAGGAUUUAAAUAAUUUUAUAAUUUUGAAUUGAAUUUUCAUAUGAAUUAUUCUGAAUGAAAAAAUUACAAUUUGGAGAUUUGUUGCACAAUGUUUUUUUCUCAUUCUUAGAUCAGCUUUUAUUUUUAAUUAAUGUUACAUUUGUUUGGAUAAUUGCUGUAAUACACCAAGAAUAAUGUUAUAAUACACUGGUCAAAAAAACGAAAGGAACACUUUUUAAUCAGAGAAUAGCAUCAAGUCAGUUAAACUCCUGGGAUAUUGAUCUGGGCUGCGUUUCCCAAAAGCAUCGUAAGCUUAAGUUGAUCGUAGCUCCAUUG